AAUAUUAAUUCACCUGAUCUUGCUCAAUAUUUAGAUUUAUAUUCACAAUAUCCACAAACAUUAACAUGUCCAUGUACUGAUAUAACGAUAAAAUAUGAAGAAUUUCUUGAAAUUGAUUAUACAUUACAUCAACUAUGUAGUAGUACUUUUGUUACUGAUGAUUGGCUUGAUUAUCUUGAUGAGGCUGAUACUGAUGAUGUAUCAUACAUAGCCGAUAUUCGAGUUUCAGGCAUAUCUAUGUUUCAAGCACUGAAAACAUUUUGUGAAUCAAGUAAUAAAACAAUUUCUGAUAGUUUAUCUCAAUUUUAUUUAACCGAGUACGCUUCUCUAAAUGUUAUAUCUAAACAAUUAUUUCAAUCACAAUCACGAAUAUUAAUGAAUCAGUUCAUUUCUUCAACAAACAAUACUUUUUUAUCAUUGUUACAAACCUUACGUGAUACAACGCAAGCCAAUACACCAAUGUCAGCUGUACAAUCAGCGUACAUUUUUUUCUCGGACGGGACCGAUGGAAUAGUAUUACAAAGUCUGGUCGAAUAUCAAUGCUCCUGUACAUCGACACCACAGUGCACCCUACCAUUACAGAUGUACCACUAUUAUUUUCCUAUACAGUUUAGUAUUCCGGGUUUACGAUUAGGAUGUUUUGUCAUCGAAGGAGUAUUACAAUCGACUUUAGAAUGUUUUUAUAAUCAAACAUGUCUCAACAGUUUACAAUCGUAUAUAAUAUCGCCCAUAUCAAUAAAUGUAAUACCACUUAAUUCAUCAUUAUCUAGUCAAUUUAAUGAAACAUCAACUAUACAAGAAGUUGUUAAUGAAUUAAUGGUUGAUAAAUGGAAUUUAUCUAAGAAUAAUGCUACUGAACCGACUAUUGGAAAAUGGCAUAAAAUAAAGAAUUUUCUUCAAAACCUGAAUUUAUUUUCAUCAAUACCACCAUCAACUAAUGAAUAUGAUCUUCGGAAUCAA